AUGCAGCUUACGAUCAAGGCUCUUGUUGGAAUUCUUACGACUAUUUCCGCAGCUACGGCCGUGUCGUUUGACAUGGAGAACCUGGGCGCGGAGAAGCGCGGAGUAUCGGGUGAGGAGCUGCAUAUGUUGCACGGAAAUGAAGUUCUUGCCCGUUUUGCCAACGGUGUGUAUCCCGAAGUGGCCAAUGGAACGCGGGUGAGCAAGCGUGCCGGCGGCGCUGAGGUGGACUUGACAUCGGUAGGCGGCGGAACGGCUUGGGCAGUCAAGGCCAAGAUUGGCUCGAAUGAAGAGGAGGUGACCAUGUUGCUUGAUUCCGGAUACGAGCAUGCGCUUGUAGCGGCGGAUUCGGACUACAGCCCCGGCAAGUCAAGUAGCAAUGAGAACACGGGCGAGAAAUUCUUUGCUGGCUUCUUGACAGGAGGUGGCAACGAGGGCACUAUUCAUCUCGAUGACCUGAGCGUGGGUGGCUUGAAGGCAUCGAAAUUCGCCUUCGGCUACACAAAGAACCGCGACUUUUCGAGCAACCAGAAGCUUGGUGGCAUUCUGGGUAUGUCGCUUCCGGGUCACGUUGACUACGUGCCUGGCUUCAAGAACCAUGGCUGGGGCGGAUUCAUUCAAACCCUGAAGAACCAGGGUGUGAUCGAUGAGGCCAUGUACCAGAUGACGCUGAAGGGUGAUGGCGGAAAGCUGUCGAUUGGCGAGGUCGAUGACUCGCAGUACGAGGGCGACCUGGAGACUCUGAUGAACACUGGCAAGGCGUACGGUCACUGCGGCUUCAAGGGCACGCUGAACGGCGAGAAGCACAACUUCUUGCUCGACUCGGGAACUACGGGCAUUGCUGGUUCGUACGACUCGGUGAAGAAGUUCCUGCAGGGAAUGUCGGGAGUCGAACUGGUUGAGGAAGACAAGCGUGGUUCUGUGACGGGUAAGGUUGAUUGCGACAGCAUGCCGUCGUUCAAGAUCUCAGUCGAUGGCAAGUUUGAUGUGAAGCUCUCGGACGAUGUCAUGAAGAAGUACGACCUUGGCAACGGCAAGUGCCUGCUUCCAAUCUAUGGCUACACAAACAUGCCAAAGAGCUACUCAUACAACUGGAUUGUCGGAGGGGCGUUCAUGCGGGAAGUGUCGGUUGUGUGCAAGUUUGACUCGAACGAGAUGCAGAUCGCGAGGCAGUAA